CCUGGAAAAGCAUGGAAGAGGAAAUUGAAUCAGCUCUGCAGGAGCGGAUAAUGGUUUUGGAUGGAGGCAUGGGUACCAUGAUCCAGCAACGUGCCCUGUCAGAGGAGGAUUUCCGAGGGCAUGAAUUUAAAGAUCAUUUCAGGCCUUUGAAAGGCAAUAAUGACCUUCUCAGUAUAACUCAGCCUGAUAUAAUCCGUGACAUACACAAGGAAUACUUGCUGUCAGGUGCUGACAUAAUUGAAACUAACACUUUUAGCAGUACCCGAGUUGCACAAGCUGACUAUGGCCUUGAGCAUUUGGCAUAUCAGUUAAACAGAGCCUCGGCACAGGUGGCCAGAAAAGCAGCAGAUGAUGUAACUGCUCAGACAGGAAUUAGGAGAUAUGUUGCUGGAGCCAUGGGUCCAACAAACAGGACACUCUCUGUGUCACCAUCUGUGGAGAGGCCAGAUUACAGGAACAUAACUUUUGAUGAGCUGGUUGAAGCCUAUAAGGAACAAGCCAAAGGACUUUUGGAUGGAGGAGUUGAUAUCUUGUUAGUGGAAACCAUAUUUGAUACAGCCAAUGCCAAGGCUGCUAUUUUUGCACUCCAGACAUUGUUCAAGGAAGAAUAUGACCCUCGACCCAUAUUUAUAUCUGGAACCAUUGUGGAUAAGAGUGGGCGUACCCUCUCAGGCCAGACAGCAGAGGCAUUUGUCAUUAGUAUUUCCCACAGUAAGCCACUUUGUGUCGGCUUAAAUUGUGCUUUAGGGGCAGUUGAAAUGCGACCAUACAUUGAAACAAUUGGAAAAUGUACAACAGCCUACAUCAUCUGUUACCCCAACGCAGGUCUUCCCAAUACUUUUGGUGGCUAUGAUGAAACUCCAGAAGUGACUGCCAAGCAUAUAAAGGAUUUUGCUUUGGAUGGUUUGGUCAACAUAGUUGGAGGUUGCUGUGGUACUACACCAGCACAUAUCAGGAAAAUUGCCGAAGCUGUGAAAUUCUGUAAGCCUCGUGUUCCACCUUCUCUCUCUCAAGGAUACAUGCUGCUGUCAGGUCUGGAGCCAUUCAGGAUUGGGCCAUACACCAAUUUCGUUAAUAUUGGCGAACGCUGCAAUGUUGCAGGAUCACGGAAGUUUGCUAAACUCAUCAUGGCAGGCAACUAUGAAGAAGCCCUGAGUGUAGCCAAAUUGCAAGUUGAGAUGGGGGCCCAGGUUCUUGACAUCAAUAUGGAUGAUGGGAUGCUGGAUGGCCCUGCUGCAAUGACAAGAUUUUGUAACUUGAUUUCUUCAGAACCUGAUAUUGCAAAGGUGCCGUUAUGCAUUGACUCCUCAAAUUUUUCAGUGAUUGAAGCAGGUUUGAAAUGUUGCCAAGGGAAAUGCAUUGUAAACAGCAUCAGUCUAAAGGAAGGUGAGGAGGACUUUUUGGAGAAAGCGAGGAAAAUUAAGUUGUAUGGAGCGGCUGUGGUUGUCAUGGCUUUUGACGAAGUGGGCCAGGCAACAGAAACAGAAAACAAGAUUGCAAUCUGUUCCAGGGCUUAUCACCUCCUUGUGGAAAAAGUGCACUUCAAUCCAAAUGAUAUAAUAUUUGACCCUAAUAUUUUGACCAUAGGAACUGGAAUGGAAGAACAUAACCUAUAUGCUGUUAAUUUUAUCAAUGCUACUAAAACCAUAAAAGAAACACUGCCGGGAGCCAGGAUAAGUGGAGGUCUCUCCAAUCUGUCUUUUUCCUUUCGAGGAAUGGAUGCCAUUCGAGAAGCAAUGCAUGGGGUGUUUCUUUACCAUGCGAUUAAGUGUGGCAUGGACAUGGGAAUUGUGAAUGCUGGGAAUCUGCCAGUGUAUGAUGAUAUCCAGAAGGAAUUGCUGCAGCUGUGUGAGAAUCUAAUCUGGAACAAAGAUCCUGAUGCGACAGAGAAACUUUUACAUUAUGCUCAGAAUCAUGCCCAAGGAGGGAAAAAAGUUGUACUGACGGAUGAGUGGCGGAAAGGCUCCGUCGAGGAAAGGCUGGAAUAUGCUCUCAUAAAGGGCAUCGAGAAGUAUGUCACAGAAGAUACAGAAGAAGCAAGAUUAAAUCAGCAAAAAUAUCCCAGACCUCUAAAUGUAAUUGAAGGGCCUUUGAUGAAUGGCAUGAAGAUCGUUGGUGAUCUUUUUGGAGCUGGAAAGAUGUUUCUACCUCAGGUGAUAAAGUCUGCUCGAGUUAUGAAGAAAGCAGUUGGCCACCUUAUACCCUAUAUGGAAAAAGAAAGAGAGGAAAGGAGAGCUGAACGAGGCAGCACAGAGGAAGAG